GAGAGAGAGAGGAGUUGGAGAACAAGAAGAGGGCGGUACCGCGCGCGCAAAGAGACGCACCUCUAUGAGAGUUAUAUGACAUAGAAAACAGCUACUACGUGAAAAUCUCCAAGUGAACUCAAUGAUAAACUUCUCGCAUAAGGAAGCUUCUAGCUCGAAGAAAUUUUCCAACUAAACUGAGAAGAAAAUCUGUCUGAAUCCGUGUGAUGGACGAAGCGGAACCGAGCGGCGAAUCGACAACGCUGGUAUUUUGAGAGAGACCAUCCAUCAAAGGUAUUGAAACAAGAAGCCGGAUCGUUUGGUCUGUCUCAUCGAAAGCAAGAUUACUACGCGAUGACACGACGAAAAGGAAAACGAGUUGCAAGCAUUCCUUAAGAUAGCUAUAUCGGAGAUGACGGAAACGUCAAAGCCGCGGUACGCGAACCGCAGUAGCGGGGAGAGAUAAGGAAGGUGAACGGCAUCACGCCGAGCAGUCAUGUGCAGUGUCAUGUGGCUCCUUCGGCUGCUGACAACUUGCUGCCUCGCACUUCUAUCAGCGUCUGAUUUACGCACAGAUCUACCUUUGUCAACGGAUCAAGUAUCAACGAGAGCGACAACGGCGGCAAAGCGAUCAGUAGCAACAGACGCACCGAUGCUGAAUUACAUAUUCGAUGCACACAGUACUCUGAACAAACAUCAACAUCACCACGAUCAUCGUUGGGGUCCUCACUUUGAGAGUGAGAGUUCAGCGAAAAACAUUACUAUUCAAGCUGGUGCCAGCGUUGUUCUCGACUGCAAAAUAUCAUUGUUGCAAGAUAAAACGGUAUCUUGGGUAAGGAGACAGGAAAACAGUGAAAAAAUGAAUUUGUUGACUGUCGGCCAUCUCACGUACACCGGUGACCCAAGAUACACCAUCGUGUUUCAGUAUCCAGACAAUUGGCGUUUAGAAAUCAAACGCGUCAAUAGCAGUGAUGAGGGUCAGUACGAAUGUCAGAUCAGCACUCAUCCGCCCAAGUUUAUUCGCAUAAAUUUACACAUCAACGCGCCAUCCGUCCAAAUAGUGGACGCCGCGGGUCAACCGCUAAGGGACAAAUACUACGAGGCGGAUAGCACCAUCGAACUGCUAUGCGUUGUGCGUCACAUAGCGAUGCAGGUCCAGUACAGUGUCGUCCAAUGGCUCCAUGGUAAUCGAACUCUGAACUACGACACAACGAGAGGUGGUAUCAGCGUGAAAACGGACCUAAUGGAGGAAGGGGCCAACUCUACUCUCAGCAUAGCGAGAGUCGGACCAGCGGACAGUGGUAACUACACGUGCAUGCUCACCACCAUGCCUGAUCAGCCUGCAACGGUUCAUGUACAUGUCCUGAAUGGAGAAAGCCUAGCCGAGUUGCAUCAUGGUGGUUCGCGCGACAUUCAAGCGGACGUCUGGAAUUCUCUGCUACUCUUUCUCCUCGCCAUUCUAGGAUGGCUUCAGGUGCUGAGAUGAAGACUCGACAAUGCUCGCUGCGACCCUCACAAAGGCAUUCUCAGUACUCGCUGCUGAGAGAUGAGCGUGCGAUGACCGAUGACUUUGAAACGAACGUGACGAAAAACGUUAUCGUCUUAUACGUGGCACGAACUUUUCUAUUGUUUCGAAUAAUGUGAGAGUGAGUGAGAAAGAAAAAAGCUAGGAAGGAUCCUGUAAAAAUUGAAAAGAGAUGUACGAUCGACGGCGUUGCUAUCGUUCUUUUUUUUUUUUUAUUUUUCUUAACAGGCGUUCAAGUAUGAAAAUUCAAUAGAAACGAAAGAAUUUGUUUCUACAAAAAUUAUCUUAUAUAGAGAUCCACUUAAUUAUCAAUAAUCGUUUCAUUCGAUUUACGCAAUCGCUCUUUGAAAAACUGUCGUCAAUUUUUAUGAAACUUAUUGUCUUUUUAUCGUAAUUCCUGAGGCUAGUUACAGCAACGCCGUCGAAUUUGACAAGAAAAGCGAUAUUUUUAUUGUCGUAAUUGAAAUACCGAUAGUAAACUAUUUACCGUUUACAGUUGUCGUAAAUUAAAUUAUCGUGCUUCGUUGUUACAACGGGGAUUACAUUUAUCCGAGCUUCAGUGGGAAAAUUUGCCGAGUGGUUGGAAUUGUUUCGAGAGGUUGGUUCGGGAACAACGUUGAGAAUUUUGAGAGAAGAUCUGAAACGACGUAAUGCGAAAAUGAGAAUCGCAUUAUCGUCCAAGAGCUCAUUUAGUUCAUCAGCGAGGAAAAAGAUCGAGCGUUGAGAUCAAAUAACUCGAUACAAUUAAUAUAGUCGUUAUUACUUGAAUAAGAACCAAUAAUCGUUCAAUUACUUGCUAUCUUACGAAGUAAGAUAGAUUAUUAAGGUACAGUCGCGCAAAAAUAUCGAUGCAACGUUGCAAUACUGGAGUUUGUUAUUAUUAAUUAUCGUUCAAAUGAAAUACGACCGAUGGCUGAGAAACGUUUACACGUUUGGUUCGUAAUUUAUCGAAGAAAUUUAAUGAACAGAGAGAUCCGAUCAUCCGUUCACAAAGAGGAAAUCUAUGAGAACGACUACGCGUGCUAUAUCAUUGACCAAGAAAUAUCCUUAUUCGUCCGAUCGAGUAAGCACGAUUCGCUUACGUAGCGUGUAAAAUCGAAGAUCGAAGAACACGAUUCAAACUCAGUGUUCGAACUUUCGAGGAACAACGCGUGAGAAACAGAGCGAGAAUAAGCCCCUUCGUUCUCUUUUUCUCUAAGUGAUAUUUAUAGGCAACGUACAUAUGUACGUACGUACGUACGUAUGUAUGUAUUUACAUAUGUAAGUAUAUAUGUAUAUAUAUACAUGCAUAUGACUCCUCGUUUCUCGAAAAUCCUACGGCGAAUCCUCGGUGUAUCGGAAAUGUCAAAAGCUGUUUUUCCUCGCAAAGACUUCGAGAAUCGAUGAUACGAGAAAUAGGUAUACAUGUAUAUUUGCAAAACUGAAGGGAAUGUGAGAUAAUUUAAAAUCGGGCCAAACGACGAACUAAUACCAACGUAUGAAGGCGAGAAUUAUGCGCUUUCGUCGAAGGAAAAUAUUACGAAAUAAACUAUACGCGUUUUACAAGAAAAAAAAAAAAA